UCCGGCUUGAUUUUCCCUAAUUGGCAAUUACUAGAAGAUGAAAGACGAUAUGCGGAAGGCGAUGAGAUCAUGAAUGGGUUUUACCAGACGUGCAAAAAGCGACCGGAUAUGUAUUAAUUAGGUCACAAGGUGAGGAUCAGUUGAAGACGAUGAAUCAGUGUGGCAGUGUUGCGACAAUGGUUACAGUUUUCAGGCCUUCGCUGAGGCCUAAGUGCUUGGCUUCCGGCAUUAACACAGAGGAGCUUCGUGCUCAACUUGACAAACUGCAUGCUGAAGCAGACACCGCGCGAGCCAAAGCAAACAGUGCCAGAUUAAGACUGCUGAGGUUGUCAGAGACUGCGGAGAAUCUUCGACGGCAAGCGGUUACUAGUAUCCAGACUGGGAAGGAAAAUGAUGCAAGGGCACUGCUUUUUCAAAAGAAGAAGGUUAUGCAGGCCCUGGAGAAGUCCAAAACUCGCAUUGAAUUGCUGGAUGAGCUUUCUGCUAAGCUUAAUGAGGCAAUAUCGCUCAAGGAAACUCAGCUUAUUGGUACUAUUGCUUUGGAUCUUGAAGUCAAUGGAGAAGAUGAUUCCGUUCCAGUUCGGAUCAUAUCUCCGAAGCAUGAAUUUCCUGAAGAUAACGAGACUAAGAAUGUCUGCAAACUCAAUGACAAUAAAAAACUGUAUCUCACUGCAAACAGUCAAGCAGACCUUUACAUUAAUGAAGGAUUGGAGAAUGUUCAAAGAUCUCUUAAUAUGGCUCUUUCUGAUGAAGAUAACAUACACUCUAGCUCAGGAGGAGUCUCCUCGUAUAAGAAAUUCUUGGAACAUUUGGAUCAACAACUUGAAAAAAUUGAAACUGAACUUGACACCAUUUUAAAUGUCUCAACCUUGGUACUGAAUCAUGAUGAGAGGCCAAAAAAUUUGAAGGUGCAACAAACAGUGGAGCUUCUUGAGAGCAUCCGUGAUGUCAGACAGAGAAUUGCUGUUAUCAUACAGGAAGAGGUGAAGAUCAGUUAAAUAUUCACUUUUCUGAUGUUCGAUGGUCUGCUUGUUGGUGAGAAAUUGAUUUGUUUCAAUAUCAAUAUUGCUUUUUUUUUCUUUUUCUAAUGUCCAUAUUGCUUAGUUACUACUGGUAGUUCUUACCUGACCUGCAAUUGAACUUUGUGAGUACCUAACCAAUAGCAACGUAUUAUGCAAACAAAAUAUCAUGAUUAACCUUCA